AUGGAGAACGGCAACCCACCUCUAACCAAAGCCUCGAGCAUUGUCAUCAUCGGCGCUGGAACUUUUGGAAUCAGCACAGCUUAUCACCUUGUCAAGCGUGGUUACAGUAACAUUACCUGCAUCGACCGUCACCCAAUACCCAGUCUUGACUCAGCAGCCUACGAUCUGAACAAGAUCAUUAGAACGGAAUAUGAUGAGCCGCUUUACACUAAGUUGGCUAUAGAGGCACUCAAUGCUUGGAGGCAGCCGGAAUGGGAUGGAAUCUUUCACGAAACGGGCCGACUUACUACAACAACUGGGAACCCUCAAGCUGAGAAGCAUAUCAGAGAGUCUUACGAAAAUCUGAAAAAGGCAGGUCAGGCAGGCAGCGUAAAACUGGUCGAGAGUAAAGAGCAGAUCGUCGAGCUUGUCCCCCAGCUCGCCAAUGCCAACGGAAUCGAAAAGUGGAAGGGGCUAUGGAACCGACAGGGUGGAUGGGCACACUCGAGAAAGGCCCUCGAGAAAUGGGGUAAGGAAGCCCGAGACCUCGGCGUCAGCUUUAUCUCAGGACCUGAGGGAACGAUGACUGGUCUGCACAUAGAUGGAUCUGGCAAGCUUGACGGAAUCAAGGUAAUGACUGGCGACGUGCUUCGAGCGGAUAGAUACAUUCUUUGUACGGGUGCUGCAUCGCCCGAAGUGCUCCCUGAGCUUUCUCGUGAGCUGUGGACGAAGUGCUGGACCCUGGGCCAUGUUGAACUCACUGACGAGGAGGUUGCUCUGUGGAAGGGCAUUCCUGUUGUCGACAACUUUGAGUUGGGCUUUACCUUUGAGCCAGACCCUGAGACUAAGUGGAUGAAGAUCUGCGACAACAACCCGGGCUACCAAUACCGACUUGGCACUUACACAGAUACUACGGGCAAAGUCGAACACUACUCCAUCCCCCGCUACGCAAGCACGCACCCCAACGAUGGAAUCCCGGAAGAAGCAGCGAAAGCAAUUAACAAUUUCAUCGAUGUUGUUAUGCCGCAGUUCUCAGGCCGACCGCUUCUUAGCGCCAGAGUUUGCUGGUGCGCCGAUUCGCCAGACGCUCACUGGCUGAUUGACAAUCACCCAAAGCAUCCCACUUUACUUCUCGGCACCGGCGACUCGGGCCACGCCUUCAAAAUGUUUCCAAUCAUCGGUGACUAUAUUUCCGACGCUCUGGAAGGGAAGUCCAGGGGCUUGAGGAGUGAAUGGAAAUACGGCAACAGAAAAUCGAAGCCUGUUGCAACCCGACCAGACGCUGAAAUCAAGGAUCUGAGAGAUGUUCUGGAUUUGAAGGAUGAGUAG